AUGUUACAGCACCAGUACAGAGCACCUUGGGUGAAUUUGUUCAACCAGACCAUUGCGAAUGAGUUAAACCCUCCAAAUGCCACGCCACAACCCUUUAUCACUUGUCAGCUAGCCACUGUUGACUCGCAGGGCUUCCCACAUGUCAGAACAGUGGUCUACCGAGGCUUUUUGUUCAACGAUAAGAACAAUAAUAUCCUAACCUUAACAACGGACAAGAGGAUGAGUAAGUACGAAGAGUUGUUGCAUAACGAUAAGUUCGAGAUCGUCUUCUACUUCCCAAUAUCCAAAAAGCAAUACAGAUUUAGGGGUAUCGCCAGAAUUAUCGACAAUGAGUACAAGCCGAGAGUCGACUUGAGCAGUAUAAACCCCAGAACCAUCAUAGAGAGGGAGAGAUCAUCGAGCGACUCGGACUCCGACUUUGAUUCGGACCAGUCAGCUGACUCUGAUGACGACGAGACUGUUUUGGAGAUACCAAGUGGCACUUCAGCUUCGUCUAUAUCUUCACCUCCGUCAGCAUGUCGCCCUGUUAGCCACAGUUUGUUGUCUCCAGCAGUAGCCAAUAGCAUCCAGCAGUACAAGACUGCCAACAACUUGUCGUACACCAACUUGCACGAUUUGGAGUCUGUUGACCUUUCGCCGCCUAGUGAAAGGGAGUGGAACGCCGAGAUCUUGAGACAGUGGCAGGGUUUGAGUAAGAAGAUGAGAGCCUCGUUCAGGAAACCGGCACCUAAGACCAAGAUGGAUGACGAGAAGCAAAUGAAGAUGGAUAAGAUCAGAAGAGGUGUGGACGGGAAGAAAGAAGACGUAGGGUUGGAGAAUUUUGCAUUGAUUGCGCUUUUCACGGACUACGUGGAUGUGUAUGAAAUGGAAAAGGACAAGAGAAUGAUAUAUGAAAAGGAUUCAUAUCAGAUGUGGAAGGAAGACGAGGUAUGCCCAUAA